AUGCCGAACAUAUUCGUGCCCCCAAUCGCUACACAGCGAGCUCCUUUGGCAGCGUGGGAAUUAUCUUCAGGAAAGAAGAAGCGCAAGAGAAUGAAAAUCCAGAGAGAGACCACGCAAGGCGAAGAGCACGACAACGGUGUAAACGGACAAUCUGAGACCAUGGCCAACCUCGACUAUACUGCGGUUGUAUCUCCUCUCGAGAGACUCCAACGCCGUGUCUCUGGACAGCCGCUGGACCAGCCCCCACCACCUUUCCCCUUUCCACACACUGAGUCGCCUCUGAUGAAGAGCCGGGCAGGCCGAGGGAAUCUUGACAAGGGAAUGGAUAGUUCACAAACGUCGAAGCUAUCUGACAGCUCGCGAUCUUUUCACGGUCAGCAUCUCGCUGCUUUGACAGCUGUAGUGCACCGGUCACUCUUCAAGGAAGAUUUUCCCCGUGCUGCUCGUGCUCUAGGCCUGAUGUUCCACGAGGAUAUCGUCAGCAAAAGCGCUGCUGUUCGCACCCAGGGCUAUAUGGGCAUUGCAGCUGAGGUGCUUCUGCGCAACGGAACCGCCAGAGAACCAAGUCCAAACCCGGGGGUAUCUGCACUUCGGUUCACGCACGAAGGUUUCGAGAAAGCCAAACUCUUUUAUGAGCGACUGAUUGUCAGACAUCCUUACCACAAGUCCUGGCCCGAGGCGGUCAAUGCUGUUGACUAUUACCUUGCCAUGUUCAAUCUUUGGAUUUUCGUGGUGCAAGCCGAAUCCACAGACGAAUCAACCGCGCAUGAGGACGAUGAAAGUGAUGUCGAAUCCGCCACCCCUUCUUCUCGCGCGGGCGGAUUCCGCAAUCCAUCAUGGAAGAAGGUGAGGGAACUUGAGCAGGCUAAUCAGAUUGCAUCCAGGAUGGACACUUGCAUGGCGACCGUUCCGUGUAUGGAUGAAGCAGAGCUCAUCAGACUUCGUGCAAUGGUUGCCCUUUGGAUAGCUGAUCUCCACAAAGAUUGCGCUUGCGCGUGUAGGCUCGGUGAUCUGGACGCUGGCGGCACACCCUUAGACCAGGAUUCCCCAGCGCUGUCCCCGAAUCAAGACCUACGUGCAGACCAGAAGGAGCAUAUACGCGAGGCUGCCCGUGCACGUGAUAGGGCGCAAGACCUCCUGUCGAGGCUGGAAAGUCAAGCGAGAAGCGACGGAGAAUGA